CCCCCACCCCCCACCCCCGCGUCCAUCUCGGAGCCGCCGCCAUGAAGGAUGUGCCGGGCUUCCUGCAGCAGAGCCAGAGCGCCGGUCCUGGCCAGGCCGCCGUGUGGCACCGCCUCGAGGAGCUCUACACCAAGAAGUUAUGGCACCAGCUCACGCUUCAGAUCCUGGACUUCGUGCAGGAUCCCUGCUUUGCGCAGGGUGACGGGCUCAUCAAGCUUUAUGAAAACUUCAUCAGUGAGUUUGAGCACAGGGUGAAUCCUCUGUCUUUGGUGGAAAUUAUCCUCCAUGUGGUCAGACAGAUGACAGAUCCUAAUGUUGCUCUGACGUUUCUGGAAAAGACUCGUGAAAAGGUGAAAAGCAGCGAUGAGGCGGUCAUCCUGUGCAAGACCGCCAUAGGGGCCUUGAAACUGAACAUCGGAGACCUCCAGGUAACCAAGGAAACAAUUGAAGAUGUGGAAGAGAUGCUUAACAACCUCCCGGGCGUGACCUCCGUGCACAGUCGCUUCUAUGACCUUUCCAGCAAAUACUAUCAAACCAUCGGGAACCACGCGUCCUACUACAAGGAUGCUCUGCGGUUCCUGGGCUGCAUUGAUGUCAAAGACCUGCCAGUGUCCGAGCAGCAGGAGAGAGCUUUCACCCUGGGCCUGGCCGGAUUGCUUGGGGAAGGCGUCUACAACUUUGGGGAGCUGCUCAUGCACCCCGUGCUGGACUCCCUGAGGAACACGGACCGCCAGUGGCUGAUCGACACGCUCUACGCCUUCAACAGCGGCAACGUCGAGAGGUUCCAGACCUUGAAGCCUGCCUGGGGCCAGCAGCCAGACCUGGCUGCCAACGAAGCCCUGCUCCUACAGAAGAUCCAGCUGCUGUGCCUUAUGGAGAUGACCUUUACGCGCCCGGCCAACCACCGGCAGCUGACCUUUGAGGAGAUUGCCCAGAGCGCCAAGGUGAAGGUGAACGAGGUGGAGCUGUUGGUGAUGAAGGCCCUCUCGGUGGGACUGGUGAAGGGCAGCAUCGACGAAGUGGACAAGCGGGUGCACAUGACCUGGGUGCAGCCUCGGGUGCUGGAUCUGCAGCAGAUCAAGGGCAUGAAGGACCGCCUGGAGUUCUGGUGCACGGACGUGAAGAGCAUGGAGAUGCUGGUGGAGCACCAGGCCCACGACAUCCUGACCUAGGCCCUGGGCGGCGUCUCGGGGGGCUCCAGGCCCGCAGUGCGAGGGAAAGGCUGGGCCACGGCCAGUGGUGGAGGCGGUCACUGCAGGGGGCAGGGCUGCUUCAGCCCCCUCCCCACCCAGAGGCAGGCGCCCUGGGCCCUCUGGUCGCCCCUCUUAGAUCCCUCCCCUUGGUGACCCCCUGCUGUACAGCUCUGUUUGAUAAAUGUGGAAUAAACUUUUUGGACCUCC